ACCACCUUCACCAAUACCACUACUAGUACUACCACCUUCGCCACAUCCCGUCUAACUCUAUCACUAUGGCUUCCUCUCUCGCAAAGAUGGCAAUGACUCCGGUCGACGGUGCACCACCCCGUCCGACUCCGCCCAAGCGCAGACUCUCAAUUCCUUCGGUGGGCUUCAAACGCAUCCUCGUCCUCGGGUCAGGAUCUUUCGGUUCAUGCCUUGCGGACCAUCUUGCGGACGUCGGUCACGUCGUGCGUAUCUGGUCGAGAAGUCAAGAGACCGUCGACACUUUCAACAACCACAACCGAAACAACAAGUAUCUCACGGAUCACGCCUUCUCGAAACGCCUUCGGGCAGUCGGUCCUGACUUCCCACCUCUCGAAGACCUCGAGAAAUUUGACGUUCUUGUCUUCGCCAUCCCAACGCAACAUAUGGGUGGGAUUCUCCAAAAAUGUGGGGCUUUGUUCAAGGCCGAACAGACUGAGAACUCGCGGCUGCCCCUGCUCGUCUUCGCUAACAAGGGUAUCGAGAUUGGCUCUUGCUACCUUCCCAUCGAAAUCAUUGAGCGCGAAUUGGGCAAGGAGGUCGCCCGUACUUCGACUUUCCUCUCGGGACCCAGUUUUGCCAAGGAAGUUUGUCAGCGCAUGCCCACUCAAGUUACUAUCGCGUCCUUCUCUUCGACUCAUGCCGAGCUUGCCUGCGAGGUCUUCCACCAGCCCCACUUCCUUACAUUCUCCUCUGCCGACCCAAUCGGUGUUGAGCUCGCCGGCGCCUUGAAGAAUGUUUACGCCAUCGCAUCUGGCGUCUCCACUGGUCUCGGUUUUGGUCAAAACACUCGCGCUGGCCUUGUCACUCGCGCGUCCGCUGAGAUGCAAAUGAUCGGCCAGCAAUUCCAAGCUGACCCAAUGACGUUCUUGUCACUGGCUGGCAUGGGUGACCUUUUCAUGACGUGUGGCUCCGAGAACUCGCGGAAUUUCACUGUCGGAAGACGUCUUGGACAGGGCGAGGACCUCAAGUACAUCCUCGAGACCCUCGGAUCUACCGCUGAAGGUGUCGAAACUGUCAAGGCUGCUCACGAGCUCCUGGAGCGCAUCGAAGUCAAGGCGCCGAUCGCAGAGGCUGUAUACGACCUCCUAUAUGGUGACAUGAAAGCCGACGAUCUCGCUCAACGUCUCAUGGGUCUUCCCUCUAUGCCCGAAAACCUUCGUCCAAAGGUUCGCCGCAACUCUCACUCGCAGCGCUUCUACGACAGCAUCGGCCACAUGUCCCCCCACGUCACACCCGAUGCCUCUCCAUUCGCCACUCCUUCUGGUUCGCCGACAGGCUCUCCCAAGCUCGGCGCCACGAAGGUCUCUGGCUCGCCAGGCAGUACCUCUCCGAGGAACUCGUCCAGCAACGGCUCUCCUACCGGCUCUCCUCCCAGCGAGAAUGGCCCGAACGGAAAGUCGUGGCUCGCGAGCCGUGUGCACUCUGGUCGGGGCGGGAACUGAUCUGUUCGUCAUCUUGCCGUCAGCGUCGUCGCCUGCGUAGAUGGUGUUCUCCAGUAUCCAUAUAAUGUAUUCUUUAUCCGGAGUGUUUCGUCGCUCAUGUAUCUUGUACCGUGUCCGCAUCUCCGAUUUGUUUUCAUACCGUCGCCUUUCUCCACCCUUUUCAUCACUAAUCCGCAUAUCGAUACCCGUACUUCAAAGACGAUGAUUAGAAACCAUCGCACGCAUCUCUAUACGUCCAUACUCGCAUCG